GCCACUAGAUGGCGGUAGUGGGGUUCAGGUCGAGAUGAGCGGCGGAUAAACGAGGAAGCUGAAGAUGGCGUGCAGAAUGCUCCUCUCUGGUUUAGGGUUUCUUCACUCAUCAUUCCAGUUCACUAAACAGGCAUGCAGAAGUUCACUGGGAAUCACUGAGCAGGUCCGAGGUUAUUAUGUUAACUGGAGAAUGUUGCGAGAUGUGAAAAGAAGACAGAUGGCGUAUGAGUACGCGGACACCAGACUCCGGAUCAACGCCAUCAGAAAGAAUACACUCUUACCUAAAGAGUUACAGGAGGUAGCUGAUAAAGAAAUUGCAGCAUUGCCCCGAGACAGCUGCCCGGUGCGUAUACGCAACAGAUGUGUGAUCACGUCACGACCCCGUGGCGUGAAACGCAGGUGGCGUCUAAGCCGCAUCGUCUUUAGACAACUAGCAGACCACAACCAGAUGUCGGGAAUACAAAGAGCGAUGUGGUGAAAACCUAAAAGUGGACAAAUCAGCAUUAAUGGCUUUUACAGCUCCAGUACUGAGAAGCCUGAGAUGUUCAACAUGUUCAAAAUCCCAACAGAAAUGUUCUUCACAUGUGCACAUGAAGUGCUGUUUGUAAAGAUCAAGUGUAAAGUUCAAGUGUCCUACUUAUUUUGAGAAAUAAUUUGUUGCUUUGAAAAUAAUAAAGUUUAUUCACUAUGA